GAAAUUACAAAUUCCACAAGUUCUAUGAGCUUAGAGCAAAAAAAGCAGUUGCUGUUGGAAAUACGCCAAAAGAAAAUGUUGCUACGUAACUUUCUUCAAAAUGAAGGGAAUUUAGAUCUAGGAAAAAUAACCAAACAAAAUACUGACCGUAAUAAAGAAUAUAGAUGUGAAUUUGAUGUAGUAGUUGUACGUAAAAAUAUUCCCAAGCCACCGAGCCCUUCCACGAAACUUCAAAAACAAAAAAAAAAGGCAAACGCGACUGAAUCACGAAAAAAAGUUAACUCAAACAUACCGGUGUUAAAACAACGUAGUGGAAAAGAAAUAGCCAACAUAAAUUUGGAGAAAAAAGAUGAAAAUUCCGUGGAAAAAUGUGUCCGAUGGGUGUUAAUAUUUUCUAGGGGUGACGCAACUCGCAAAACACCUUAA